AUGGUGGACCUGCCGCCACAGUUCGAUGUCUGCGCCGAGGGGUCUCUGGCGUUCGAGAGCGAGCACAGCAUUCGUCAACUCAUGUCCAAUGCCGGGAUCGGCCCGGUGCUCCUCCCCGCCGGGGACCGCAGCGACGGCGAAGACGAGGAUAUCGUCCUCAGCACCGGCUGGUACAACACGAACCAGUACGCGCUGGAGGUGAUCUUCCACCACCGGAUGCGGCUGUACGAGUCACCGACGCCCGGCGGCGGCGACGGCGGUACGGUGUACGUGCCGUACUACGCGGCCAUGGAGCUGCAGCCGCACACGUGCGGAAUGAAGGUGCCGGCGGCCGGUGGCGACGACGACACGGGUUGCGGCAACAGCUUCAUGGUGAAGCCGGAGUCCAGGAACAUGACGGUGCUCACGUGCGAGACUGACAUCUGGGAGCAGCCACAGCGAGACUUCGCCAUGCCGUACCCGAGCUACCUCCACCCCUCGUCGGCCGGUGAGGUGGCCGAGGGGCAGGCGCGCGUGCGCGCCGCGCCGCGGCCAUGGCUGUUCUCCUUCGCCGGCGCGGGCCGCCCCGGGAUGCUGGCCAUUCGCGACCGCAUCUUCAACGCGUGCGACGCUGCGAUCCCGCGCCGAAGCUGCGGGAAGCUCGACUGCGGCGGCCUCGAGGGCAGCAUCACCUGCCGGUCACCGCUGAAACUCAUGUCCCUCUUCACCUCCUCCCGCUUCUGUCUACAGCCGCAGGGCGACUCCUUCAUGCGCCCCUCGUCCGUGGACGCCGUCAUGUCUGGCUGCAUUCCCGUCUUCUUCCACGAGGCCUCCACCUUCGAGAAGCAGUACUACUGGCACGAGAGGGACCCGGACAGCGACCGCGGUGGCCGGAGCAACAAUGACCGCCGCUACUACGUGUUCAUCGACCAGGACGACGUCCUCCAAGGAAAGGUGGGCAUCGAGGAGGCUCUGAGCAGGUACACCGAUGAUGAGGUUGCCGCCAUGAGAGAGGAGGCGAUCAAGAUGAUCCCGAGGUUCCUGUACAAGGACCCCCGGGUGAGGUUCGCAGGAGACAUGAGAGACGCGUUAGACAUCACCAUUGAUGAGGUGAUUGCGAGGAUUGGUAAGGAGAGGAUUUGGGAGGGAAAUAUUACAGUUGCCAAUGACUUAUGA